UUCCUUCCCCGCCUCGUGAUUGCGCUUAGAUGCCCACAACUUAGAACCCAGGUGGCUGUAGUACAUUACACUCCUGCCGUCACUCUUUGAACCGUAUCUCUUUUGGUUCUUUCGUCGUCUUCCCAAAUCACACCAUCUGGUGCGGUAUCAUGGCCGAAGCCACUAUGGCUACCUCCAUUGCAGACGAAGGCCCGGGGCUCGCACGGGAGUCCUUCAGUGCAGAGGACUUCGAGACAGCCUCGGUGCGCUCAAUCCGCUCGGCAGCUCCUUCAUACACGUCUGACGCCCCCUCAUACCACACAAUCAACCCUCAUCCCGAGCCACUCCCUCCCUACUCACCACCAGCCCGCCCCAACCCGACGCCAGCGACGGCGUCGAGGCCAACACCGGCCCCACGGAACGGCAGUGUCUCCUCCCUCCUCGACCUCGAACCCUUCCAAUCCUCCACUACUUCCAGCUCCAGCUCCAGCUCCAGCACCGCGUCGUCCUCCAACUCGUCAACGCCGCGCCGAUACGGCCUGCCUCCGGUCCCGCCGGGGCCUCCCCGGCCGCCGCCCGCCGAGCUGCCCUCGCUCGCCCACUUCCGCACGCCUACGUGGUCCUCGGCCGGCGGCGGCGCCUCCAACCCGACGGCGCGCAUCUACCAGAACGUGGCGCUGCGGCGGGCGAGCGCGGCGAGCAGCAGCAGCGACAACAGCAGCAGCAGAAACGGCAGGGGUAGCCACCUGGAAAGGGCGAUGCUGCGGCGCGUCAUGCUGGAGAGGAUCGACGAGGAGGAGCGCAACAGCUUGAACCGGGUGCGGCCGCUCGAGGACCCGUACCUGGUCGGGGAGGAGGCGGCGGCCCGGGCUCGGGCCGAGCGGCUGGCGCGGGAGAGGAACCUCGGGGACGAGAUUCUGAUCAGGGAGGACCGGAGGUGGGAUUGGUUCCUGGCACAAAUGAGAGACCGCGAGGAGCGUGAGCGGAACUGGAAGCGGUUCCGGAAGGAUAUCGAAAAGCGAACAAACAGCAGGCUCCCGUUCCGCAUUGGCGCGCGUUUCUGAAAGAGACGGAACACGCUUCCUCCUUCGACGCAUUGUUUGAUGGUUAGGCGUUGUCGGCUUCAGGUUGCCA